AAAGCACCCUGCGUUGAGCAUCUUCGAGCAUCCCACCAGGAGCCGAAUGCUCCAGACAUCUAGCCGGCAGGAAGAUUUCGGACCCAAUUCUGCUUCAGAAUUCGUUCGCAUAGCGCAUUGAAGUCCGUACACUUUUCAUUUGCAGCCUCGCGUCCGCCAUGCCGGACAUCCGGUCCUUUUUCGCAGCCAAGGGGGGUGCAGCUCCAGCCAAGCCCAAGCCCGCCGAGCCUAAGGUCGAAGAUGAACCGAAACGAAGAACCAAGGCUCGCAAGGUGGUCGACGAUAGUGACGACGACGAGCCUGUGGUCGAGACCAAGAAGCCAGCAACGCGGACGACGCCACGAAAGAAGGCUGUAAAGCAAGAGGUGCAAGGAGUCGAGACCACAGCAAGCGAAUACUUUGGAUCCAAUCCACCGAAACCCAAGACUGGAGCCAAGAGUCAACCAAAGGUCGAAAUCCGAAGCGAGAUCGAGAUUCGCCCUAGCCCUCGCGGCAAGAAGACAAGCGCAGCACCAGCCAAAGCUGCGCCAAACAACCAGGCUCCUUCUACAACCAGGCGACGCGCGGUGCCCGACGACGAAGAUGCGUAUAUGGACGACGACCAAGAUGGAGGCGACGAUAUUUUCGCUGCCGAUGCCAGAUCUCGGAACAAGAGGAAGAACGACGACUAUGUCGAAGAAGAAAGUGACGAGGACGUUCAACCACAGCCCAAGCGGAUCGCCUCUCGCGGUAGGCCCAAGAAGACCCCAGCUAGCGACGAUGAAGACGAAACUGCCCGAGCCUCAGCUCGCAAUUCAACCAAAGCCAAGUCCUCAGCCGCCACAAGCAAGAAACGGAAAACCCCAGAGCCUGAUUCAGAAGAUGAGGAUGAGGACGAAGUUGUCGAGGUCAAGAAGCCUGCUCCGAAAAAACCACGAGCACCACGAGCGAAGAAGGCCGGCGAGCCAGAAGAUGCUGAGAUCCAGGCUGUUUUCGACAAUAUUCCUACAGUCCGGGCUCCAACACCGCCCCCGAAAGACCCUAAUGCACCGAAAUUUGACUGGAGAAAGGCACAGCCGGGAGGUGGCAACGCCGGACCGCCUCCAAAUCCCACAUCAGAACUCCCUGAAGGCGAGGAGGAUUGUCUCGCUGGCCUGAACUUUGUAUUCACCGGCCAGCUGACAACCAUUGCCCGGGAGGAUGCUCAGAACCUUGUCAAGCAGUAUGGUGGCAAGAUUACCGGCGCUCCUAGCAGUAAGACCAACUUUGUCGUGCUGGGAGAUGAUGCAGGCCCAAGCAAACUCGCGAAGAUUAGGGAACACGGCAUCAAGACAAUUGACGAGAAUGGUCUGUUCGAGCUUAUUCGUAAGCUCCCCGCCGGCGGUGGAAGUGGCAAAGGGGCUGAAAAGCUGCGAGAAAAGCGUAAGGCAGAAGAAGAGAAGAUCAAGAAGGAUGCGGCAGAAAUGGAGAAGCAGGAGAGGCUUCGCAAGCUCGAACAAGAGAAGGCCCAAAAAGCUGCCGCCGCGCGCGGCUCAGCGCGACCUCCAGCGAUAGGCACGCCGACUUCGGCCCAACUAUGGACAACCAAGUAUGCUCCCACACAAGCAUCCCACAUUUGUGGCAAUAAGGCGGCGGUUGAGAAGAUUCAGAACUGGCUCAAAGGCUGGCCGAAGGCACGCAAGUACGACUUCCAGAAGCGCGGGGCAGACGGCAUGGGUGGUGCUCGUGCCAUUAUUCUUUCAGGUCCCCCGGGCAUCGGCAAGACAACGGCGGCACAUCUUGCGGCCAAGCUCGAGGGCUACGAUGUCUUGGAGAGCAAUGCCAGUGAUGCUCGCAGCAAGAAGCUUGUCGAAGCUGGCGUCAGCGAGGUCAUGAACAACACCUCAUUGAACGGCUACUUCGCUGGCGACGGCAAGAAGAUUGAUGUCGCGAAGAAGAAGAUUGUCUUGAUUAUGGACGAGGUUGAUGGAAUGUCCGGCGGUGAUCGUGGAGGCGUGGGCGCCAUGGCCAAGUACUGCAAGAAGACCGAAGUGCCACUCAUCUUGAUCUGCAACGAACGCAGACUUCCCAAGAUGAAGCCGUUUGACUUUGUCGCCACUGAUGUCAAAUUCCAAAAGCCAACUAUCGAACAGAUUCGCUCACGAAUGAUGACUAUCUGCCAUCGGGAGGGCCUCAAGCUCACUCCACAGGUUCUUGAUGCCCUUAUUGAGGGCAGCAACCGGGAUAUUCGGCAGACCAUCAACAUGCUGUCCACAGUCAAGCUUGACCAGACCUCCAUGGACUACGACCAAAGCAAGAGCAUGUCAAAGGCCUGGGAGAAGUCGAUCGUGCUCAAGCCAUGGGACAUCUGCCAAAAGAUGCUUGGCGGUGGUCUAUUUGCACCAGCAAGCAAGGCGACCUUGAACGACAAGAUCGAACUCUACUUCAACGAUCACGAGUUCAGCUACUUGAUGAUCCAAGAAAACUAUCUCCGCACAAAACCAAUGGCACUCACCAAUCAGAACUACAAUCGUCGGGAGAUGAAUCUGAAGUGCUUGGAGCUAUUCGACAAGGCCGCGGAGAGUAUCAGUGACGGUGACCUGGUCGACAGAAUGAUCCACGGACCGCAACAGCAUUGGAGCCUGAUGCCUACCCAUGCCAUCUUCAGUACUGUGCGCCCGUCAAGCUUCGUUGCAGGUCAGCUGAUGGGGUCGAAUUUCACAAGCUGGCUGGGCAACAACAGUAAGCUUGGAAAGCUGGGAAGAUACAACCGCGAGAUCCACUCUCACAUGCGCCUCAAGUCUUCGGGUGACCACAACGAGAUCCGACAGCAGUACCUGCCAGUCCUCUGGAAUCAGCUCAUCAAGCGUCUAAAUGAAGAAGGCAAGGACUGCGUGGAAGAGGUGAUUGAGCUGAUGGACAGCUACUACCUCACCCGAGAUGAUUUUGACUUCAUCAAGGAGCUUGGAGUCGGUCCGCAGGACGAAGGAACUAUCGAGAUCCCGUCGCAGGUCAAAGCCGCAUUCACCAGAACUUACAACGCGAUGGCACACCCAGUUCCGUUUAUGAAGGCAAGUAACGUGGCUGCUGCCCCUCGUGCCGCGGCUAAAGAGAAGCCCGAUCUUGAGGAGGCCAUCGACGAGGAAGACGACGCAGGUGAAGAGGCUGCCGAGGCAGCAGAUGCGGUUGAUGACGACGAUGGCGAUAUCGAGAAGGACAAGUAUAUCAAAAAGCCCAAAGCGAAGAAGGCCACCAAGAAGGCGACCAAGGCGGCCGCCAAGGACGAGGACGACGAGGACGUCAAGCCAAAAGCACGUGGUAAGGCAAAGGCGGCGGCUCCCAAGGGGAAGGGAAAGAAGUGAAGGAGUGUCUGGUGGACGUGGAAUGAUUGGUAUGACUUGCUGCUCUGACACAGAACGCAUCAUUAGACAUCCUAAUGAACAACAUUGUCUCACUACCCGAACAGGCACGAGGCUAAUAGCUAAAUGGCCAAUGAAACAUAUCUUUCACGCAGGCA